UCCCAAUUGAUGAAUGCUUUUUGAAACUUUUUCUUUUGGCAGAUUAUAACAUGCUUGAGGAUGUUAAGAGAGUUGCUGAAUCAGCUAAAAGAAUGAGACAGAAGCUAUGUGGCUACUCUCAUUUUAGGCUUCCUUUACAUCUGAAGAAUCUUCUGCGAGCUGGUUUGAAUCGUAAGACCAAAUUACUCUUUGUAUCAAGCGGAAUGUCGAGAAGAGAGAAAAAUCAAACUUAUUACAAUAAAAGGAAAAAGUUCAUAUCUUGGACAAUUGAAUGGCGUUUUCACUUGACAGAUAUUGUGUUGAUUGAUCAUGGAGUACAUGAAGACACAAGCCUCUGCUCCGUGAUUGAGAAUCAUUUGAAACCAGGCCCUUGGAAUCAUCCAUUGAGGCAAUUUUGUGAAGAGCCACUGGAUUCUCUUAAACUUUUCAUCUGCAAAAAUCCUAAGGGCGCACAAUCACCUUUUUAUCAGUUGGAUAUAAAGGCUCCGCUGCGUGAACAACUAGCCAGUAAGGUUAUCCUAGAGUACCCUGUCAUUUAUGUUUUCCUGCCGUCACACAGCUGUGAUUUUGAAGUAAUCAAAGAUUCUGUCCCUCUAAGAGUGGAGCAAAAUGAGCUCUAUUGUGAUAGCCGAAGUCCCAAGGGAGUGAUGUUCAAGGAGGAGGAUAUAGAAGAUGGUGGAUCUUUAGACCCACACGUUUCAGAUCUCUUGAAUUAUACCAACUUAAAUGUUGCAUCCAAGUCAGCUGCCAAUAAAAAGGAGACCAACAAAUUGGUAGCGAGCAGAGGUGCCAGAUCAUUUGUAAAUGAACAUUUUAAUGAAGAUGACCAAGAUAUAUGUAAUGAUACAUACUCAGAUCUUGAUCUGGUUCAUUCAUUUAUGAAAGAAAAGGAUCUGGGGGUAAAAGAGGACUGUUCAUACUUGUGUGAUGUUUUACCUGUGGAAGGAGAAUUGGAGGAAGGAGAGAUAGCAUUCAAGUCAUCUACGGAAAAAAGGGAGACUAACAAAUCUGUAUUAUCAGAAGGCCAAAGUGCCAAAUCAUUUAAGGAUCUGGGGGAAAAACAGGACUGUACAUAUUUGAGUAACGUUUUACUCGUGGAUGAAGAAUUGGAGGAAGGAGAGAUAGCUUGACUUCUUCUUUUCCAAUUCCUUACUGCUAAUGGCAGUUAAAUGCAACAAAAGUCGAGUUAUUGUUAUGGUGGGCUGGUGGUAGUGGUACAAACCAGGCUUGGCGUGUCAAGUAAAUAUUUGCUUGUUGUCCACUGACUUGCAGAAUAUAGUCAGAAAGUUAAUUGAUAGCAGAAUUUCUCGAUUAUGGCUCUCUGAAGAUUUUUUCACUUCUAAAUUGAUGAGGAGCAUUAUAACCAUAUCCGAGGGUUUCUGGUCCUGAUUCUCUUACAGCCCUUUUUUGUGGGAUGUGAAAGAUCCAGCACAUGGUGGUGGUUGGCGAAAUUUUAAUUAUAAUUGAGAGCUGUCUCUACAAUGAGCAGGUCCUAAAUGUGAUCAUUUGGAUUGCAGAAUCUGCUAGCUGUUCACUUUCCAGUUCUAGCUGAUAUCUGGAGUAAUAUGCACAUCUAAGCAAUGGUUACUUCUUAUGCUACCCUUUCUUAUUCGGUUAUCAACAGCAUAUCAUUUUUCUGGUGCCAAAGGAGACGCAAACCUCUGCAAUUCUUGACCCAUUGCUUAGUAUAACCCUAUAAAUAGUUCUCAGGAAUGGUGUUCAUCUGAGGUGAUCAGGCGCAGAAGACCCAUUUUGUUGUCUACAUUCCUCCCUUUUGUGUUCUUAAAGAACUUGGUUCAUUUGACAAUUGGCAAUUGAUUGUGUUUUUUCAUAUGUAAUUUAUGAGUUUUAGCCCUGCAGAAAUGGGGUACUUGAAAUGUAAUGUCGUUUCCACCAGAACUGAUAAAUGUUCCAAGAAGUGUUUGAUAUCUAUUUAAUAUACUGAAGUUACAGAUA